AUGCUAGCAGAACUCGAUCAAAUGCUGUACUUAUUCCUGGAUGAUAUACAUCUGCUUAAAUAUGGCCCAUUUAUGAGCACAAUUGAAAAGCGGGUUAGACAGCUGACUGGUAGCAAUCGAAGCAUAAUUGUAGCGGAGGUACUGCUUGAUGAAGUGUUGCUUAGGAGAAAUGGCGUCAUGACUGGAGGGAUCCAAGGACCAGGUACUGGAUCUGUGCAUCCAUUUUUGAGUUGUUCUAGAGCUUCCUCUAACUACCCUGAGCUACUUAUCUUACCAGGUAAUAUGGAUGCACUAAAAGAAAUGGCGCUAUGUCAGUUUGAGUUCAUCGAUAGCGCUGUUCGAUCAUGC